AUGUUAAGGAGAGAUAAAAAAGAUGAGGAGGAUGGAGGAAGUAAUCCAUACAAUCAUCUGGAAAAAGCCACUGUUCUUCAAGAGGCCAGAACUUUCAAUGAAACACCCAUAAAUCCACGAAAAUGUGGUCAAAUUCUGACCAAAAUUCUUUAUCUUUUGAACCAGGGUGAAUCCUUUGGUCGCACUGAAGCAACUGAAGCAUUUUUUGCUAUGACUAAACUUUUUCAGUCUAAAGAUGUGACAGUGAGACGACUUGUUUAUUUGGGGAUUAAAGAGAUGUCCCAAAUUGCUGAUGAUGUUAUCAUUGUCACCAGCAGCUUAAUGAAAGACAUGACUGGACGUGAAGACCAAUUCCGAGGGCCAGCCAUAAGGGCUUUAUGUUCCAUCACUGAUAGUAGCAUGUUACAAGCCAUUGAGAGGUACAUGAAACAAGCAAUAGUUGACAAGGUUCAUUCUGUGUCUAGUGCUGCCCUUACAUCAUCUCUGCAUCUGUGCAAAACUAGUCCUGAUAUUGUGAAGAGGUGGGUGAAUGAAGCACAGGAAGCAGUCAACAGUGACAAUGUCAUGGUGCAGUAUCAUGCUCUUGGAUUGUUGUACCACAUUCGUAAAAAUGAUAAGCUGGCUGUGAAUAAACUAGUUAGCAAGUUCAGCAAGCAUUCUCUGCGGUCCCCGUAUGCCUACUGCUUGUUGAUUCGUAUUGCCAGCAAAUUAAUUGAAGAGGAAGACUGUGGUUCCGACAGUCAAAUGUUUGAAUUCAUUGACAAUUGUCUUCGUCAUAAAAGUGAAAUGGUAAUUUAUGAGGCAGCCCAUGCAAUUGUCAACAUGAAGAGCACAACUCCAAAGGAACUGGCACCAGCUGUGUCAGUCUUGCAGCUUUUCUGCAGUUCACCAAAACCAACUUUACGUUUUGCUGCUGUCCGCACAUUGAACAAGGUUGCUAUGAAGCACCCAGCUGCAGUUACUGCUUGUAACUUGGAUCUUGAGAAUCUUAUCACUGAUCUCAAUCGCAGCAUUGCUACAUUAGCCAUCACAACUCUCCUUAAGACCGGCAGUGAAAGCAGUGUGGAUAGAUUGAUGAAACAAAUUUCAAAUUUUAUGAAUGAAAUUUCCGAUGAGUUUAAGAUUGUUGUGGUUCAGGCCAUCAGGUCUCUUUGCCUCAAAUUCCCUCGCAAGCACAAUGUUGUGAUGAAUUUCUUGUCUUCUAUGUUGAGAGAUGAAGGUGGCUUUGAAUACAAGAGAGCCAUUGUGAACAACAUUAUUGUCAUUAUUGAUGAAAACCCUGAAGCCAAAGAAGCAGGUCUUGCUCAUCUGUGUGAGUUCAUUGAAGAUUGUGAACACACAGUUUUGGCCACUCGUAUCCUCCAUCUACUUGGACGUGAAGGUCCUCGGACUCCAACACCUUCCAAAUAUAUCCGUUUCAUUUAUAACCGAGUCAUUUUGGAGAAUGCUGCAGUACGAGCUGCUGCAGUCACUGCCCUGGCCAAAUUUGGUGCUCAGUGUGAAGAUCUUCUUCCUAGUUGUGUUGUACUUUUAGAGAGAUGUCAGCUUGAUACUGAUGAUGAAGUCAGGGACCGUGCAACAUUUUAUGUAAAUGUCCUUAAACAAUACCAAAAGGCUUUGAAUUCUGCUUAUAUUCUCAAUGGCUUACAAGUCUCAGUGGUUGGACUAGAAAGAGCUCUGCAUCAAUAUAUUAACAAUGACUCUUUAGAAACUGCAUUUGACAUGAAGACUGUGCCUCUGGAGACUCAACCUCUUGUAGAACAAAGAACCGUAAUGGAACCAGGUGAGACUAUUAGCCAGAAACCUGCUGACAAGGUGGCUUCAUCAAGGCAAGAUAUCUUUGCUGAACAACUGGCAGCCAUUCCUGAAUUUAGUAACCUUGGUCCAUUGUUCAAGUCUUCGACAACACCAGUGGAAUUGACAGAGCAAGAGACUGAAUAUGUUGUCCGUUGCAUUAAACACACUUUCUCACAUUAUAUCGUAUUUCAGUUUGACUGCAUCAAUACACUAAAUGAUCAGAUUUUGGAAGCAGUUACAGUUCAAAUGGAAUCUGUUGAUUCCUUUGAAAUUCUCAAGACCAUUCCAUGUCCUUCUUUGCCUUACAACCAACCUGGCACAACAUAUGCUCUUGUACGCCUCCCAGAUGACCAAACUGUUGUUACAGGCACCUUCAGUUGCAGUUUGAAAUUCACUGUGAAAGAUUGUGACCCAAACACAGGAGAACCUGAUGAUGAAGGUUAUCCAGAUGAAUAUGUGCUUGAAGACAUUGAGGUCAGUGUUGGUGACCAUGUCCAACGAGUAAUGAAACCAAACUUUGGUGCCUCUUGGGAAGAAGUAGGAGUGACUAAUGAAUUGGAAGACACUUUUGUCUUGUCAACUGUCAAAACACUUGAAGAAGCAGUCAAGAAUAUAAUCCAGUAUCUUGGCAUGCAACCCUGUGAGCGGUCAGACAAGGUUCCACCCAAUAAGAACUCACACUCUCUCUUCUUAGCAGGAGUGUUCCGUGGUGGCCAUGAUGCUCUGGUGCGGGCAAAGUUGGCUCUGGCUGAUAGUGGAGUUACUAUGCAACUCACAGUCAGAUCAUCAGACCCUAUUGUUUCUGAAAUCCUUGUAUCUGCAGUUGGUUAA